AACUCUGUUCGUAGUCGGUCGUUAUGGUGUUUUCAUAUAAAUCAGAUUAAGUUCUCAAAAUAAAUAUAUUAUUAACUGUGCUCGCACCAUCAUUUCAAUUUUGUGGAGAUAAAAUGUCGGCAUACGCAAUAUAUGGAUGCAGCUUUGAAGUCUUUGGACGGGUUCAAGGUGUCUUCUUCCGCAAGUACACUGAGAAGCAGGCCAAUAACUUGGGAGUGCGCGGUUGGUGUAUGAAUACCGCAGCGAACACGGUUAAGGGUGAAUUGGAGGCACCUCUCGCUCCGCUAAAUGAAAUGAAAGAAUGGCUGAAGACCAAAGGUAGUCCCGCCAGUAGGAUUGAAAGAGUCGAAUUUUCACCAACGAAGGAGAUUGCCAACUAUUCUUUCAAUGGCUUCACCAUAAGAAAAUAAGUUACUGUAAAUCCAGAACGCUUGCAGUUUGUUUAUAGUGAAGAUUACAAGAGGAGAUUAAAAGAUUUCAGAUAUAUCAAACCUAAAUAUGCAAAUAAAAUACUGAUCACCAUCACCA